ACUCAGCUUCUGCAGCCCAGAGACGCAAUUGAGGACUUCAACUCCCAGCAGCCCGUGCAGCUCCAGUGCGAUGAAACUGCUGUAGCACUAGCAGCAAGACCUACUGGGAGUUGUAGUCCCUAGGCGUUUAACUCGCUCCUGGGGGCCAGGAGGUGGAAGGGGGCGGCUGGACCUCUCUGGGGUCACCUGGGGUCGCCCAGCUACUUCGAGUAGGGCAAGACACAAAACUUGAGCUGAUUCUUUCUCUCCCGGCUUGGGUCCCCAGAUCAGACACCAGCCCCCCUUCUUUGCACCUGGCAAGCGUGGAGACCGGUCCGCAGCGGCUAGGCUCGUCCACCCUGCAACCCCCAUGGGCUACCGCCCUCCGCCACCUCGGCUGCCACCCAGGACAAGGCAGGGGUAAGCACAGUGUAGGACCACGUGGCCGCUAUGUCUGGGGACUAUGAAGAUGACCUCUGUCGGCGGGCCCUCAUCCUGGUCUCAGACCUCUGUGCACGGGUCCGAGAUGCUGAUACCAAUGAUAGGUGCCAAGAGUUCAACGAACUGCGAAUCAGAGGCUAUCCGCGGGGUCCGGAUGCAGACAUUUCCGUGAGCCUGCUGUCAGUCAUCGUGACAUUCUGUGGCAUCGUCCUCUUGGGUGUCUCUCUCUUCGUGUCCUGGAAGUUGUGCUGGGUGCCCUGGAGGGACAAAGGAGGCUCGGCAGUGGGUGGCGGCCCCCUGCGCAAAGAUCUAGCCCCUGGGGUUGGGCUGGCAGGCCUGGUCGGAGGUGGUGGGCACCACCUGGGAGCCAGCCUUGGAGGCCACCCCCUGCUGGGCGGCCCCCACCAUCAUGCACACACAGCCCACCAUCCGCCCUUCGCCGAGCUGCUGGAACCAGGUGGCCUUGGGGGUGCUGAGCCUCCAGAACCUUCCUAUCUGGACAUGGACUCAUAUCCAGAGGCUGCUGUGGCCUCUGUGGUAGCCGCUGGGGUCAAACCAAGCCAGACAUCCCCAGAGCUGCCUUCUGAGGGUGGGACAGGCUCCGGGCUGCUCCUGCUGCCUCCCAGUGGUGGAGGCUUGCCCAGUGCCCAGUCUCAUCAGCAGGUCACGAGUCUAGCGCCCACCACCAGGUACCCAGCCCUGCCCCGGCCCCUCACCCAGCAGACCCUGACCACCCAAGCAGACCCAAGCAGCGAGGAACGGCCACCUGCGUUGCCUUUACCCCUGCCAGGCGGCGAAGAAAAAGCCAAGCUCAUCGGUCAGAUCAAGCCAGAGCUGUACCAGGGCACUGGACCUGGUGGCCGGCGAGGCGGUGGGGGCUCUGGGGAGGCAGGGGCACCCUGUGGCCGCAUCAGUUUUGCCCUGCGGUAUCUCUAUGGUUCUGACCAGCUCGUGGUGCGGAUCCUGCAGGCCCUGGACCUCCCAGCAAAGGACUCCAAUGGGUUCUCAGACCCCUACGUUAAGAUCUACCUGCUGCCUGAUCGCAAAAAGAAGUUUCAGACCAAGGUGCACAGGAAGACACUGAACCCUGUCUUCAACGAGACUUUCCAGUUCUCGGUGCCUCUGGCCGAGCUGGCACAGCGCAAGCUGCAUUUCAGCGUCUAUGACUUUGACCGCUUCUCGCGGCAUGAUCUCAUUGGCCAGGUGGUUUUGGACAACCUUCUGGAGCUGGCUGAGCAGCCCCCGGACCGUCCACUCUGGAGGGACAUCCUGGAAGGUGGCUCGGAAAAGGCAGAUCUUGGGGAGCUCAACUUUUCACUCUGCUACCUCCCCACGGCUGGGCGCCUCACCGUGACCAUCAUCAAAGCCUCUAACCUCAAAGCAAUGGACCUCACUGGUUUCUCAGACCCCUAUGUGAAAGCCUCUCUGAUCAGUGAGGGGCGACGUCUGAAGAAACGGAAGACCUCCAUUAAGAAGAACACGCUGAACCCCACAUACAAUGAGGCCCUGGUGUUCGACGUGGCUCCCGAGAGUGUGGAGAAUGUGGGACUCAGCAUCGCAGUGGUGGACUAUGAUUGCAUUGGCCACAACGAGGUGAUUGGUGUGUGUCGGGUGGGUCCGGAGGCUGCAGACCCACACGGCAGAGAGCACUGGGCGGAGAUGCUGGCUAACCCUCGCAAGCCUGUGGAGCACUGGCACCAACUAGUGGAGGAGAAGACUCUGACCAGCUUCACGAAAGGUGGCAAAGGACUCUCAGAGAAGGAGAACUCGGAGUGAGAGGAGACCCAGAGAAGGCAGGUCUGGUCUAGGCCUGGGAUCAGACCAGUGCCCUCAGGACCCCAUCCCUUCCUGCCCGGACUGUGAACUCAUCUCCUCGAAGCCAUAACGUCCGAGCUGCUGGUGCGGGCGGCCUGGGCCUGCCCCUCCUCGUCUGGAGGUGUGAGAGUGGGAGGCCGCAGAUCCAGCUCCCUGUUUCAGGGUGGGAGGUUCUUGGCCUCCAUUGUCUGUCUCUUAUCCCCAGAAUUCCGCCUAGAGGCAAGGGGUUGUGCAUGUCUGGGGACCCCUGACCCCAUCCCUCUGUCUGUGUGUCUGUCUGUCUCUUUGCUGUUGUCUAAGUCUUGGUGUUCUGGCCUAUGACCUCACCGUGAAUGUCGACAGACCAAUCCUUGAUGUCCCCUGAACAAACACACCCUCCAGCGUCCAGCCCUCUGUCCCUCAUCUGCGUCUGGCCGAUCCCCUCCGCUGCUGCUAUCACCAGAAAUAAACACACUCUGUGGGUCUCAUUCCA